UUUCAGGCAGUUGAGUGCGCGCCGUCGAGCUGAGCGCUCGUGCCGUGUGUUGUGAUCUCUACGUAGAGCGCCCCUUCCAAUGGGUGAUGGUGGCGCGAUGAGGCUGCUGGUCGCGCUCGCGCUGGUGGCGGCGCUGCUGACGGCGGUGGCGGGUGAGCCGCGCCAGCCGACCCAGCGGCCCAGACCCUGGCGAGGAGCCAGGACGCUCGCCGACCGCCAGCAGACGCAGUUUGUGGGACCACAUGUCUGCCGAAGUCGUAACAGCACGCAUUGCUGUCCAGGAUGGACUUCUAGACCUAAUUCUAUGCUAUGUGUAGUCCCAAUAUGUCGACCGGACUGUGGGUCUCCGGGGUCGUGCGUGGCGCCCAACAUGUGUCGGUGCGCGAGCGGCGUCGAAGCGCCAUCUUGCGGCGGCGGCGGACUGUAUCCUUACCCGGGUCGUCCGCGCGGCGGUUGCCGGCGCAUCUGUAUGAACGGCGGCACGUGCACCAACGGCACCUGCGCCUGCGCGCCCGGAUGGAGCGGCGAGUUCUGUACUGAACCUAUCUGUCGCGAGCCAUGCCUGCACGGCGGGCGGUGCAUCGCGCCGGACCGCUGCGUCUGCUUCCACGGCCUCUCCGGUACAAGAUGCGAGAUUGAUCGACGAACAGGCCCAUGUUAUACGGACACGCGCGGCGCUCUAUGCACGGGCGCGUUAGAGGGCGUGGUCUGCACGAAGCAGCUGUGCUGCGCCACGGUGGGCGUGGCCUGGGGACACCCGUGCGAGCGCUGCGGGGACCUCGACUGCCCGCCCGGACAUCUGAGGAACUUGGCCACCAAGGAGUGUCAGGACAUAGACGAAUGCCUGGCCGUCCCCGGUCUAUGCGAGGGCGGGCGCUGCGUCAACUCCGUGGGGUCGUUCUCGUGCGAGUGCCCGCCCGGCCAGCGCCGACAUCGCCUCACUAAUAACUGUGAGGAUAUCGACGAGUGUGAAGAUCCUGAUAUAUGCCCGAAUGGAAAAUGCGUGAACACAGAAGGCGAUUACUACUGCUUGUGCAACCCACACUUCAUCCCGAGCCCUGACAAGAAGUUUUGUAUUGACGGGCGCGUGAGCAGCUGCUUCACGUACGUGGGCGAGAGCGGCGAGUGCGGCGACCGGCUGCCGAUGCCGCUGUCCAACCGCGACUGCUGCUGCGGGUACAACAUGGGCCGCGCCUGGGGCGCCGACUGCGCGCCCUGCCCGCCGCGCGGCGCAGCGGAGUGGACGCACCUAUGCGGCGGCGGCAGCAUCCCGCCGAACUGGCGUCGCAACGACUCGAGCGGCCACGACUACGGCGGCGGCCUCGAGCCCGCGCAGCCGAUAGCCAAGAUCAACGAGUGCAUGCUGCGGAACGGCAUCUGUGGGCUCGGGAACUGCAUUGAUAAGGAUAUUGGCUACCAAUGUCAAUGCUGGGACGGCGCGGAGGCGGCGGAACAGGACGGUAAUCCGACCUGUAUCGACAUCGAUGAGUGCGCGCUGCAGUACUGUCGGGGUGGGGAGUGUGUGAACAAGCCUGGUGGUUUUGAGUGCAGAUGUCCCCCCGGCUUCGAUCCCGUGGAGAACGGACUACGAUGCAGCGACAAAAACGAGUGCGAAAUGACAAACGGCGGCAUGUGUACCAACGGCGUCUGUACUUAUACUGAUGGAGGCUACGUGUGCACGUGCAACCCCGGCUACGAGUCCACGGCGACCGGGCACGCGUGCCGGGACGUGGACGAGUGCGCGGACAACCCGCGAGUAUGCCGGCGCGGGCGCUGCCGCAACACGCCCGGCGGGUACGAGUGCGCCUGCGAGCCCGGCUUCGCGCGCACCGCCGCCGGCUACUGCGCCGAUGUAGACGAGUGUGCCGACAAGUCGCUCUGCCAGGGCGGUCGGUGCGUGAACAGCGAGGGUUCGUUCGUGUGCGUGUGCGAGGCGGGGUACCGCGCGGCGUCGCGGUCCGCGUGCGUCGACGUGGACGAGUGCGCUGAGCUGCGCAUCUGCCGCAACGGCCGCUGCCGCAACUCGCCCGGCUCAUUCCGCUGCGACUGCCUGCCCGGGUUCACGCUGAGCGCUGAUGGACGGACGUGUCUAGAUGAAGUUCAAGACUUAUGUUACGAGAAAUUCGAGGAGGGCCACUGCUCUGGGCCCGGUACUACCCCUGUCACCAGGUCGCAGUGCUGCUGCAGCUCUAGUAAAGGUUUACACCUCGGCUGGGGAGUGUCCUGCAAGGCUUGUCCGGCUCAAGGCACGAAAGAAUACGACAUCCUCUGCCCCGAAGGUCAGAGCAAGGACAACGGCGGGGCUGACAUCAACGAGUGCAACAUGAUCCCCGGGAUAUGUCCCCACGGCACCUGCGAGAACUUGGAGCCCGGGUACAAGUGUAUAUGUGACCCCGGAUACCAUCCUGACGCUGAUGGCAUAUGCAAGGAUAUCGACGAGUGUGAUAUGCAUCAGUCGUACUGCACGGGCGGUCAGUGCCGCAACACGGCGGGCAGCUUCACGUGCGUGUGCCCGCCCGGCACGCGGUAUGAGCCCGACGAGCAGCUCUGUCGCGACGUCGACGAGUGCGACGGUGAGAUAUACGUCGACUAUGACCGCGGGGACAUACCCCCGCUCCUCCCGGCAGAGAACUCGAAUCCGUGCGACAACGGGCGCUGCAUCAACACUCACGGCAGCUACGAGUGCGAGUGUGAACACGGCUUUGUGUUGGACCCGACUGCACAGCACUGCGUUGACAACCGUCGCGGCUCGUGCUGGCGUCGCGUCGUCGACGGUCAGUGCGAGGCGGCGGCGGCGCGCCCGCUGCUGCGUGCUGAGUGCUGCUGCGCGCUCGGCCUGGCCUGGGGCUCACCCUGCGAGCCCUGCGAACCCGAACACUGCCCGUGCCCUAAAGGGUUCGCUAAGUUGGACGGUGCGACGUGCCGUGACGUGGACGAGUGCGCGCUGGCGCCGGAGUUGUGCGCGGGCGGCACGUGCGUCAACACCGACGGCUCCUACCGCUGCGACUGUCCGCCCGGACUCACUUUAGACUCUACAGGCAACCGUUGCGUGGACACCCGUCGCGAGUACUGCUACACGGACUACGUGGGCGGACGCUGUCAGAACCCGCUCCAGGUCGAAGUGUAUAAGGCGGUGUGCUGCUGCUCCAGCCUCGGCAAGGCCUGGGGUGACAGUCGAUGCGAAGCGUGCCCUAAGAAAGGUACCGACGCCUACCGCAACCUCUGCCUAUCCGAUUUCACCGGGCCAGGCGGCUCCUGGGACCAAACAGGGCCAGGCGGGCCCAACGGCACCUCCAUAUGGGGCCAGCUCCCCGACGGUAGUUUCGGACACAACGGGGAAUGGGGCAGCAACGACACAUGGGGCCACGGCCAAGGUCAAGGUCAUCACCCCGGGAUGAUACCAGGGGUGAUCCCGGGACAGAUGGACGUCAACGAGUGCUCCGCCUUCCCGGGAUUGUGCGGCCACGGCAGAUGCAGGAACAUGCCUGGUACUUUCACGUGUGACUGCUAUCCGGGAUACGAAAAGGACUCAAGUAACCACACGUGCGUAGACGUAGACGAGUGCGCGAUCGUGGCGGGCGUGUGCGGCGCGGGCGAGUGCCGCAACAGUCCCGGCUCGUUCUCCUGCCACUGCCGCCCCGGGUACACCACCGACGACGUCAGCAGAGUGUGUGUGGAUGUCGAUGAAUGCGCCGAAAACAGCCUCUUAUGCCGCGGCGGGCGCUGUGUGAACACGCCCGGCUCGUUCCGCUGCGAGUGCGCGCCCGGCAUGGAGCUAGCGCCUGACAGGCUAUCGUGUAAGGACGUGGACGAGUGUUCUAUUACUUCAGGCAUAUGCAGUAACGGCGCGUGCGAGAACUUAAUGGGCACGUACCAGUGCGUGUGCGACGAGGGCUACGCGCAGACGUCGGUCAAGUCACACUGCGACGACAUUGACGAGUGUACUGAAGACCCGACGCGAUGCCAACACGACUGCGUCAACACUCCCGGCUCGUACCAUUGUACGUGCAGGGAGGGCUGGCACUUACGCGCGGACGGACGCACUUGCCGCGACGUGGAUGAGUGUGCGAGCGGCGCGCGCGUGUGUGGCGGUGGGGAGUGCCGCAACACUCCCGGCUCAUACCGCUGCACGUGCGGCGAGGGCCUGCUGCCGGCGCCGCCAGAUGCCAAGCCCACGUGUCUCGACAUAGAUGAGUGCGCCGACAUCCCCGACCUAUGCGGUGCGGGUGAAUGCCGCAACACGAUAGGCAGCUUCGUGUGCCGCUGUCCGGACGGGUACAGCGUCAAGCCCGAGCUGGGCCCGGCGUGCUCGGACGACGACGAGUGCGAGCUCGGCACGUGCGACUGCCAUCCUGCCGCUGACUGUAUUAACUUGCCGGGUUCGUUCCAAUGCCGCUGCCGCGACGGCUGGCGCGGCGACGGCGCGGAGUGCGAGGACGUGGACGAGUGCGUCACCAACAACGGCGGCUGCCACCCGCGCGCCGUCUGUCGCAACACCGACGGCUCCUUCUCCUGCCUCUGCGAGACCGGAUACAAGGGAGAUGGGUACUCAUGCGUGGACAUAGACGAGUGCGCGAACGAUCCGACGCUGUGCGAGAACGGCCACUGCACCAACACGCCCGGCGGGUACGAGUGCGACUGCGACGUUGGUUUCACGAGAUCACCUGAUGGAAAGUCGUGUCUCGACAUGGACGAGUGCGCGACGUUCGACAACGUGUGCGUGUUCGGUCGCUGCGUCAACACGUACGGAAUGUUCAAGUGUAUAUGCGACAAGGGCUACCAGUCUGAUAGCAUCGAUGAUUUGAUGCCGGGUUUCAACUGCACGGACGUGGACGAGUGCAAGUCGCCGCAGUCUUGCCAGUACGGCGAGUGUAUCAACACUCAGGGCUCCUACAAGUGCAUCUGCCCGCCAAACUACGAGCUAGUGUCGGACGGUACUGCGUGCUUCGACUCUAGGAAAGCGCGUUGCUACGGUAAAGUUGAUCUACGCUCCGGCACCGAACACUGUCAGGACAGCGACGAGUUGUCUGAAGAUGGAACGAUGGCGGCCUGCUGCUGCUCUGUCGGUGCCGCCUGGGGCAACUACUGCGACAUGUGUCCGGAGCCGGGCUCAGAGGCAUACAGACAGCUGUGUCCCGGCGGCCCCGGGUAUCAGCCGAUAUUGGAACCUCCAUCAUACGUGGUGACGCUAGCCGACAUCGACGAGUGCAUGGCCCACCCCGGGUUGUGCGCGCACGGCACGUGCACGAACACGUUCGGCUCGUACGUGUGCGCGUGCGGUGACGGGUGGACGCUGGCGGACGACCGCUGCGAGGACAUCGACGAGUGCGCGACGGACGUGUGCGGGCCCGGCGUGUGCCGCAACCUGCCAGGGUCAUACGUCUGUCUGUGUCCCGAGGGAUACGUCGCCAUGCCCAACGGCAAGGAGUGCGUGGACGUCCGUCAGCGGCAGUGCUACAUGGAGUGGGAGGAGGAGACCGGGCGGUGCUCGGGCGCAGUGGGCGUGCCUCAGACCAAGUACCUGUGCUGCUGCUCCGUGGGUCACGCUUGGGGCGCCCCCUGCGAGGCCUGCCCCGACAAGGGCUCCGCUGAACACGUGGCCCUAUGCGGGGAGAAACCCGGCGAAUAUAUCAAUCCUAUGACUAAAGGGCCACAGAGUAUAAACGAGUGUGAUAUCAUGCCGCAGCUGUGUAAACCAGGCUCCUGUCAUGAUACGCCGUCAGGAUUCCAGUGCGGAUGCGAUCAUGGUUACGAACACGACAACACGUCUCACAUCUGUCGCGACGUGGACGAGUGCGCGUUACAGCGGCCAUGCCACGGGCUCGCGCAGUGCGUGAACCUGCCCGGCGGUUACGAGUGCCGCUGUCCGCGCGGCUACCGCCUCUCCGCCUCGCUCGACGAGUGCGACGACGUCGACGAGUGUGCCGACGAGCGGUUAUGUGAUCAUGGCGAGUGCCGCAACACGAUAGGAUCUUAUCGUUGCGAGUGCGCACCCGGCUACACACUGCGCGACAACGUGUGUCGAGACGUGGACGAGUGUGCGCGCCCACGGCCCAUGUGCCGCAACGGUACUUGCGAAAACCUGCCCGGGACGUACGCCUGCCGCUGCGAUCCCGGCUUCCGAUCGGGACCUAAUAACGAUUGUAUAGACAUCAACGAGUGUCGCGAGGGCGGCAUGGUGUGUCGGAACGGACGGUGCCGCAACACCGUCGGCUCGUUCCGGUGCGAGUGCGCGCCGGGGUACGCGCUCACCGCCGACGGCCGCAACUGCCGCGACGUCGACGAGUGCGACGAGCUGCCCUCACCCUGCGGCCGCGACGGCUCGCCCUCCUGUACUAACACCAACGGCGGAUACGAGUGUUCCUGCGGUGUGGGCUGGAAGCUGGUUGGUCGGCGUUGCGUCGACCGCGACGAGUGUAAGGACACCCCCUACGUGUGCGCCGGCGGAGAAUGCCAUAACUUCAACGGCGGCUACCGGUGCGACUGUCCGGCGGGCUGGCGGUUCGACGCGGAGGCGGCGCUGUGCGUGGACGAGCGUCGCGAGCUGUGCUACGACGAGUGGGACGCCGGCCGCUGCCACCGCGCGCGGCCGCUGCAGCUCGCACGCCCCGAGUGCUGCUGUUCCGAGGGUGCUGCCUGGGGCAGAUACUGCGAGAAGUGUCCGACACCGAACUCUCCGGAGUUCCUGAGGAUAUGCGUCGGUGGAAUGGGUCGACCGAAUUUGACACAGGACUUAGACGAGUGCAAAGUCCGUCCCGACGUGUGCAAAGGCGGUCACUGCAUAAACACGGACGGGUCGUUCCGGUGUUCCUGUCCCGCGGGCUACACGCUCGACGCCACCGGGCUUGAGUGCGUAGACGCGGACGAGUGCGCCGCCGACCCGCGGAUUUGCGGCAACGGCACAUGCACUAAUACGCCCGGAGGAUACGAGUGUAGAUGCAACUACGGCUUCACGCAGGGACCUGAUCAGACAUGUGUCGACGUGGACGAGUGCGCGGAGGGCGCACGGUGUUCGUUCCGGUGUCACAAUACCGCUGGGUCUUACCGGUGCACGUGUCCAUUCGGGUACGCCCUCGCGGCGGACGGCGAGCACUGCCGCGACGUAGACGAGUGCGCCGACUCCUCCCCCUGCCCGCACGCCUGCGAGAACGUUGUUGGAUCCUUCGUCUGCAAGUGUCCUGAAGGCUAUCGUCGCACAUCCGCGGCGCACGACGCCGAGGACGCGUGCGAGGACAUCGACGAGUGCGCGACGUCGGAGCGGGGGGAGCGGUGCACGCCCGGCGUGUGCAUCAACACGGACGGCGGGUACACCUGUGACUGCGACCCUGGCUGGGAGCUCAGCGACGAUGGACACAAGUGUAUCGAUCGUCGUACGGGCACAUGUCACCGGUCACUGGUGGGCGGCAAGUGCGUGCCGGAGCCGUGGUCGCGUGCGUCCACGCCCACAUCCUCCACGCAGGUUACUAAGGCCGCCUGCUGCUGUACACUAGGCGCAGCCUGGGGUACAGAGUGCGAGCUGUGUCCUGCGCCGGGCUCGCCCGAACGCGCUGAACUCUGCUCAACACUGCCCACUAGCGGACUCAUCCCAGGGUUGCCCGGUGGUGUUAUACCCGGCGGAGCACUCACUCCGGACGUCUUCGGUGACGUGGACGAGUGUGCGGCCAUGCCGGGGUUGUGCGCGCCGGGACGAUGCGUUAAUACUAUUGGCAGUUUCCGUUGCGUGUGCGGUCGCGGCUACAAGCCAGCGGGCGACACGUGCGUCGACAUCGACGAGUGCGCCGCGCGCGGCGUCUGCGAGCAGCUGUGUCGCAACACCGACGGCUCGUACGAGUGUUUGUGCCGCUCCGGAUAUGAGUUGGAUGAGGAUGGCGCCGACUGUCGCGACGUCGACGAGUGCGAGCGCGGCACGCACACGUGUCAACAAACGUGCACAAACACUGAGGGAUCGUUUGAGUGCGGUUGUGAAGAAGGAUAUGAGAAGCGAGGAGACGCUUGUGUCGAUAUCAACGAGUGCUCCGACCCGGAGAUCUGCCCGUCGCCCGGCAAGUGCGUGAACCUGCUCGGGUCGUACCGCUGCGUGUGCCCGCGCGGCUUCCGCCUCGACCUGGACGGCGCGCGCUGCCGCGACCGCGACGAGUGCGACGACGGCCGCUGCCAGUCCCCGUGCCGCAACUACGCCGGCGGGUACCGCUGCGACUGCCCGCCCGGCACAGUCCGCGCGGGCGGCACCACCGGCGGCUGCGUGCCCGCGGACGCGUGUGCAAGCGCACCGUGCGGCGCGAGUGCGUGCUUCCCGCUCGCCGGCACGUAUCGCUGCGGCUGCCCGCCAGGGUACGGCUGGGACGCCGCGCACGCUGUGUGCCUGCAACUCGGCGGUGGCUGCGCAACCGCGAGCUGUCUGUUCGGUUGCCGCGCGCUCGGCGACUCGGUGGAAUGCGGUUGUCCGACCGGCUACCAGUUAGUCGGCGCCGGCCACUGUUUAUCGGCGUUGGACGGCGCGUUACCGCCGGGUGAUAUCGGCGACGCGCCCGUCUUCCCGCUCCGAGACCAGUACAAAGUCGGCGAUGACCUUAUAUCGACGGAGGGCUGCUUCAGUUGCAAGGUGAACGGACGCAGACGGCGCGCGCCAGAAGAAGGCAUCGUGUACGCCAACGGUACUACGGUCGUAAGAAGAAGUAGGCGGCGUAGCAGACGACGUCGUUCGCUGUUGGAACCGGAAGCAGAGCUGAUCGUGAUCUCCGCGACGCCGAAACAGACCUGGGGCCGCGUGCCGCUGCUCAGACUGAUCCCGGCCGAGGGCGACGGGAAACCGCACUACAGAAUCGCCUACGGAGACCCUGACCGGAACUUCGUACUCAACAAACGAGACGGCACCUGGGCGCUUCGGCUUAGGAAGCAUUUAAAACAGAAAGAAGUUCUAGAACGACAGCUCGAGUUGGAAGCACGGUUCGUCACUCCCGCGUCCAGUAGGAGAAGGCGAGCUGUACCCGCUAAUAUCCCAGCACCGCUGAGGCUGUACGUGUCCGUAAGAAUCGGACCGAAUGCGGGCUGAUUUGGAUAAAUUUCGGCCCGGAAUUGUAUAGUUUAAUCGCGUUGGCGUGCGUUUGAUAAAGUUCAUUGAACUCAUUAUAAGAGAUUUUAUAAUGGGGUAAGCAAGAGUUUCUGAAUCAAAUAAAAAAAGCCUGUAAAUUGACAAAAAAAAUAUACAAAUUAUUUUCGAUAACGUCUCGAUUGUUACAAAAUUGAGACUGCACUAUUUAUGACUACACUGCAGUAAAGCGACGCGACACUUACGUCACAGGCCCCGUACCACGAAACGGUUUUGAGACUCAAACAAUCGUACGAGAAUGUUGCGUCUUACUCUAACAAACGUGAAAUGACGUUGUUAGAGCAUGACGCGGCAUUCUCGUUCGAUUGUUCGAGUCUCAGAACGGUUUCGUAGUUGGCCUACUGUACCGGAGCGCUAUGUCGCCUCGUUCCGAUGACGCAUAGUGUGGUGUGACUCAUAUAAAUUCAUACUAAGAAUCUACUCCUGCAGUUACGCCUAUAAGUGCUAUCAUACUUUAAAUAUAGAUAUUUAGAGAAACUCAUGCUCACUUAUCUAUGUGUCAAUGACCUUUAUCGCCUAACCACGCUCGUCUACCGAUCAUUUAGGUUGAAUUUGUCUCCGUACUGACUGUAGCUAGAAUACAAUUGGUCUUAGACACUGCCAUAAUUAUUUGCAAACUGCCAUAUUUUUUAUUUCACUGCCAAGUUCGUUCCCUUCUAUUUACAGAUAAGUUAAUGAGUCCGCCAUAUUAUACUAACAAUGUUACUUAGCUUUUAUACCAUAAACGCCAAUAUAAAAUUAGAUAUUUCUACUGCAUAUUUUAAUGAAUUUGGGACGGUACAGAUAAGAUCGUCUGUGUCGAUAUUUCCGGCAGUAUUAAGUUAUCAAGUACGUAGUACUAGGUAAU